AUGUCCGGGAACAACACCAAGACUUCGGACAGCUCUCUCGCCCGCAUGCAUCUCGCUCGCUCAUCGCCACCCGCUGCUGCUCCCGUCGUCGUCUCGGGCGUGUACUCGGCUGCCAAGCUCUCCAUCACUCGCCCGCAGGCGUAUCCGGUUCCGAGCCGGGCAGACAUUGAUGACAUCGCCGCUCUCGGAUCGUUGCCCGUCCCGAGCUCUGCGCCUGGUCUGCCGGGAGAUGCUUAUGAUCCGCCGGCUUCGGCGGCUCUUGCGCAAGACGAGCUGGAUGAGCUUGCUGCCCACAUCCAUGUUGUUGCUCCCGCGCUCGAUGCCAAGCUCACUGUAGAGCCGUACUCGCAGCCGGGCCAGAGCCGCGCUCUGCUGGACGCCAGAGGCGUGACUGCCACUGUGGACGAUGCUGGCGUUGCCUUUCCGUUUCCAGCUGACGCUGCUGCUGCCGAUCCGCUCCCGCUCGCCUUUCGCCUCCCUCCUGCCCGCGUCCCGCACAGCAAGAUCAACGCGGCCGCUCCGCGCGCCGGCUGCUGGGACGUGCCGGCGAGUGUGUUGAGCCAGCUGCAGGCCGCCACUGCCGCCCACGUCGACGCCGUCGCCGCUGCCGCCAACCCCAACUCCUCGCGCUCAAAGCGCGACCGCCGCGCCCGCGACGACCACCGUGACGACCGCAACGCUGCGGGCGACCGCGACCGCGAUGACCGCGAUCGCGACGCCGCCGCCGACGCCGACCCGCGCCGCGGCCCGCGCUCCAAGCGCGAACGUCGGCGAUUCUGA